UGUUGAAUGUUUUCUUUAGAAGUAAAAAUCAAUAAUAUCGCAUUAGUAAAUAUCUAUUUUGGAAAAUGAUUUGACCACUAAUCAUUUCCCAGUUUUGCGAAUGUGUUGAGAAUUAGUGCAAAACAGCGCGAAAGUGAGGGAAAUAUAUAUGUAUUAUAUAUAUUAGGCCACGUCAGUGACUCUGCUAGCUAGACUGUCGGCAGUCACAUUAACAUUUGUUCAAUUCCGAUUGAUAAGUAGGUUCUUGUGAGUGUGCAACAGUGAUCGAUGCGUGUCAUUUGUGACAGUUUGUCAUUUUGUCAAAAGUUUCAGAAGCUCUUUAUAAAUUUUUCGUAUUAUGAAACAUUUCAAGAAAAUUUUGGUAUGAAUUCAUUAUAUCAAAUAAGAUGGAACCCGAAGAAGACGAAAUAUCUCUGGAUUCUAAUAUCUCAAGAAAGGCCAUGGAAAUGUCAGUUCCUACGGAAGAGCAUAACCUGAAAGUUAGGAGAAGAAAUGUGACUGAGGCAGUAAAUCUUUUAUCGGAAGAAGACAAAACUUCGAAUUUCGAACAUAACGUUCCUCUUGUAAGAAUAUCUGAUUCUACGAAGGCAUGGUACGAUAAUAUUAUACCACAAAUACCUGAUAUCGCGGACUGUAAUUUAUCAGGUAAACAAAACGGAGUGUUAAAUCGUGAUGACGAUAGCAAUUUAUUAGAACAUGAUUUUGGUGAUACAGAGACAUUGACAAAUAGGGAUCGGAUGAAGAUAAGCGUUAUUCGAGGAAGUGUUGCUAAUCCGAACUUGACAUUAGGAGAACUCAAAUUAUUGGGUUGCAGCAGUGAGGGUUUUGUUCAUGAUGAUAUACGAAGGGUUUUAUGGCCAAAACUAUUAAGGCUUUCGGAAGAGAGUAAACUUUCUGUGGAUGAAUUAGAAACUAUACAUGAUCAUAUACCAAAUGAAGUAUAUCAACAAAUAUUAAAGGAUGUAGCACGUAGUAGAAGUCACAUUUCUGAAAAUGCAACACAAGAUGAAAUAGAUCAUUUUCAUGAACAAUUAACACAAAUAAUGUGUUGGGUUCUUCAUAAACAUUCUAUGUUAAAUUAUUACCAGGGAUAUAAUGAUAUAGCAGCAACUGUUUUACUUGUCAUGGGCUUAGAAAAAGGCUUAAAUGUACUUGAAAGUAUUUCAUUGGAGUUCCUCGAAAGAUUUAUGGAGAAAACAAUGGAAAAAGUAAAUCAAGAAUUAUUUUACAUAUUUGCGCUUUUAGAGAGAGUGCAUCCUACUUUGUUAGAACACUUGGAAAACGUAGAAUUAUUUCCGCAUUUUGCAUUGGCUGAAUAUACAACAUGGUAUGCGCACAAAUAUGCAGAAAAUAGAAAAUUGUUACAUAGAUUAUUUGAUUAUUUUCUUGGUAGUCCUCCAUUAAUGCCACUUUACCUAAGUACUGUGAUUGUAGCAUAUAGAGCAACAGAAAUUUUUAAUACUACACCUGAUAUGGGUCAUACGCAUAAAGUUUUGUGUACUUUACCAGAUGAUUUGCCUUUUGAAACGCUUCUAGUCGAAGCGAAAGUUCUAUACCGUCAAUAUCCUCCCGAAUCUAUAAGUAACGAUGUUAUAGAAUACGAUCGAAAAAGGAAACGAAAAGAACAAGAAUGGAAAGCGAAGGCGGAAGCAAGUCGUCAAGAGAGAGAAAGGCAGCGUCAACUUCGAAUUGUACGAUCAACUCCGAGAAUACCGUAUCGCAUUAGAAGUUAUAAAACGAUCACGGUAGUAACGAUUUUGGCCUUAGGAUUGUAUGCUUUUUUAAGAUCUUCAUCUGGUCUUAACUGACAUUAAAUGAACUUAUUUAAAAAAUAGAUUCAUCCGUGUGUCCUUCAAACAGAUGUUUAUUUUAUUCAUAUGCUAUUAUCGUAAUAAUCGAAAUUGUUGGACACACGAGUAAAAUAAAAGGGUGUAACGUCGCAAAAUGUAAGCAUGUGAUCAAAUAUUGUUGAAAAUUUUAUUGAAUAAUGACUGAAUGAAUCUGUUUUUGAAUGUAUAACAAGGAGUAUUUUGAGCAUUCCUGUGCUGCCUUUAUGCUGUGUUCUUUAAAGACCAACAUCAAGCUUCUGUGCACAUAUGUUUACAGUGUUUGGAAUGCAAACAAAAAUUUAUGGAAGAGUGAAAAAUGUAUACAUUUAUGAAAAACGAUAUUUCCGCAGUAUGCAUAUUUUGAAAUACGAAAAAAAAAUUAAAGUAUGAUAAAUUAUUGCAUAAGCUUAGGUCAGACAUGGGUAGUAAAUAAUAAAUUCAGUGAGAGCGGUGUUUGAUGCACCCGAGUUUGACGACCAGCGUAAAUAGAUGUUAGAAGUGAAACUACUUUUCACUUUUCAGUUUUUUGAAAGCACAUAGUCCUAUUUUAUUAUGCUUUAUGCCUUUCGUAUUCUGUUGUUUAUUUUUCGUACUUCACAUCGUCGUAUCAUGAACAUCCCCUUUGGAACGUCCGUCUCUUCAAUGCUUCCUCUUUCUUGCGACCUACAAAAUGGUACUAAUAGAAUAAAUUAUAGCAUUCAACAAAUCCGACAUCAAUAAACUUAAAGAGAAUAUCCGUGCCCAUGUCUCACUUAAAUGAUAUGUUUAUUCCAAUUUGCAAAAAAAAAAUAACUCGCAACAAUGGAAUAGAGACCAUUAAUAAAAAAAAUAUAA